CAACUUAAAAUUGGAUUCUUGAUUUCAUUUGGUACAAUGGGGUUUGGUAAAAACAGAGCAAGUUCAUCUUCCCAUGUUCUGCGAAUCCCAAGAGAAGAUACACCACUUUUAGCAAACACCCAACACCUUUCUUCAUCCUCCAAAACUUUUGCUAAUGUUUUCAUAGCAGUAGUUGGAGCUGGAGUUCUUGGCCUUCCUUAUAGCUUCAAGAAAACAGGAUGGAUUAUGGGUUCUCUAAUGCUUUUAUCAGUAUCCUCUCUUACUUACUAUUGUAUGAUGCUCCUGAUCUAUUCGAGGCGUAAGCUUGAAUCCCAUUACAAAGUUAUCAAGAUUUCAUCUUUUGGUGAUUUGGGAUAUGCUGUUUGUGGAUCCAUAGGUAGAUGUACUGUUGAUGCUAUGAUUGUUCUUUCCCAAGCUGGUUUUUGCAUCAGUUACUUGAUUUUUAUAGCCAAUACUUUAGCACACUUGUUCAAUUAUUCAAAUCCCAAAAUCUUGGGUUUGUCACCUAAAAAGGUGUAUAUUUGGAGUUGUUUCCCAUUUCAGUUGGGGUUGAAUUCAAUUCCUACACUCACCCAUUUAGCCCCUUUGAGUAUAUUUGCUGAUGUUGUUGAUUUGGGUGCUAUGGGGGUUAUUAUGGUUGAGGAUGUGUUGAUUUUUCUCAAGAAUAGACCAGUUCUUGAAGCAUUUGGUGGGUUUAGUGUUUUCUUCUAUGGUCUUGGUGUAUCUAUCUAUGCUUUUGAAGGUGUUGGAAUGGUUUUACCUUUGGAAGCAGAGAUGAAAGACAAGGACAAAUUUGGGAAAAUUUUGGGUUUGUCCAUGGUUUUCAUUUCUUUGAUGUAUGGUUCUUUUGGAGUAUUGGGUUAUUUUGCCUUUGGUGAAGAGACCAAAGAUAUAAUCACUACUAAUCUUGGGAGGGGAUUGUUAAGCACCUUAGUGCAGAUUGGACUAUGCAUAAAUCUAUUUUUAUCUUUCCCACUUAUGAUGAACCCUGUUUAUGAAGUGAUGGAAAGAAGAUUUUGUGAAGGAAGAUACUCUUUGUGGCUGAGAUGGAUAAUGGUUUUGGCAGUCACUUUAGUGGCAUUGAAGGUGCCAAAUUUUGCUGAUUUCUUGUCACUAGUUGGGAGCAGUGUGUGUAUUGUUCUUGGCAUUGUGUUGCCUGCUAUGUUUCACUUAAUUGUGUUCAACAAAGAGCUAAGCUGGCAUGGUUUGGCUUUUGAUGCUGCACUUGUUUUAAUGGGUGCAGUUCUUGCAGUCUAUGGAACUUACUCUUCCAUGUUGGAGAUUUUUGGAGUCAAAGCUUGAAG